AUGACGGUGAAAUUACGGCCGAGCGCAACCGUGAGAGCGGCCGCGAUGAGGCGGCGAGAUAAAUACUGUCUCGCCAUCUUCAAAACAAUUACGUACGGAACGACGCUACGACGAGCGCGCUUCCGCUCUGGAGGCGUGAGAGCUGGGGCGGGGAGCAGAUUUCGACGGAGCACCUGGUUCGCUCUGUCAACACUCGCAGAGCGCUGCUGCAAAGGGGCAACCAUGUCGGAGCCGGAGUCUCUGAGGUGCUCCAGUGUCAGGAACCGCGGCGGCGUCCAGAGGGUCGAAGGGAAACUGCGAGCCAGCGUAGAAAAAGGCGACUACUACGAAGCACACCAGAUGUAUAGGACUUUAUUUUUUAGGUACAUGUCACAGGCAAAACAUGCCGAGGCCAGAGAGCUGAUGUACAAUGGGGCUUUACUCUUUUUCAGCUAUAACCAGCAAAAUAGUGCUGCAGAUCUGUCCAUGCUGGUGCUGGAGGUUUUGGAGAAGUCUGACACAAAAGUAGAAGACGAAAUCUUAGAAAGCUUGGCCAAGCUGUUCAGCCUCAUGGACCCGAACUCUCCAGAGAGAGCAGCUUUUGUGUCAAGAGCCCUGAAAUGGUCCACGGGAGGAUCCAGCAAGUUGGGCCACCCAAAGUUCCACCAGCUGCUGGCCGUCACCUUAUGGAAAGAGCAAAACUACAGCGAGUCUCGUUAUCACUUCCUGCAUUCGUCCGACGGGGAGGGCUGCGCACAGAUGCUGGUGGAGUAUUCGGCGUCCCGAGGCUUCCGCAGCGAGGUGGACAUGUUUGUGGCGCAGGCCGUCCUACAGUUCCUCUGCUUAAAGAACAAAAACAGCGCUUCCGUGGUGUUCAGCACAUACACAGAGAAACACCCAUCCAUAGAGAAGGGCCCCCCCUUUGUCCAGCCUCUCCUAAACUUUAUCUGGUUUCUGCUGCUGGCAGUGGACGGGGGUAAAUUAACAGUUUUCACAGUGUUAUGUGAGCAAUAUCAACCUUCCCUGAAGAGGGAUCCCAUGUAUAAUGAGUAUCUGGACAGAAUAGGACAGGUUUUCUUCGGCGUUCCACCCAAACAGUCCCCAUCGUACGGCGGCCUGCUCGGAAACCUGCUGAACAGCCUGAUGGGAUCCGGGGAGGAGGACGACGGGGCCGAAGAGGCCCAGGACAGCAGCCCCAUCGAACUGGACUGA